UUGGUAUAAUGUACGGAUUAUCAUUUCUUGGUAUCAGAGCCCUAAGGGUCCUUUUUCUUCUCUAACAGCGUCAAUGGCAGCAUCUUCAUCUUUUUCUUCUGGACAAUUGACCACAUCCAUCUCCACUCCUUCCAUAGCUUCUACCCCUAUCCCUACUCUAGCCGCAACUCCAAAUCAACCACAGUUCUGGCCGAUUAAUCUCUCCACUCUAGUGGCACCUCCACUCACUCAAACUCAUCAUCUUUCGCCCACCUGAUUUCAUCAACACCAGCCCAUAACAAAAUCAAUUUCCUUUGUUCAAUCAAUAUCCAUAUCUCCCAUUUUACCCACAAAAUUUCUUCCCUUCAGCUCCAUCACAACCGCACCAAAAUUCCUUUCCUAAUCGUCCGAUUUCAUCACAUUCGCACCCAAAUACCAGUACAAGUCCUCAGUGCCCGCUAUAUUCCACUCCCAACCUAAUCCAUCAUGUUCAUCCUUAGCCAGCCCCGAUGCAAUUUCCGCCUCCGACACCAAAUUUCUUUGCCCAGCCUCCAAAUCCAUUUUCGGCAAGUCCCUUUCCCAGUCUACCACAGCCUCUAAAUGUCAAACUUAAUGACAACAACUUCCUUCUAUGGAAAAACAGUGGCCUUCAGGGAUAUCUUGAUGGAACAAUAAUGCCGCCGCCGCAAUUUCUGGAUCACCACCAACUCCAACCGAAUCCUGCCUAUUAUACUUGGGAAAGACGACGCCGCCGCCCCCUUUUUCCGCCGGCCACCCCUUCUCCGACAAACGGCAGUCCCUCGGUUGAGUUGGUUGAGCAGCGGCGGCACGACGCUCCCCCACGAACCAGCAGCGGCGGCAGCUGAACCUCUCCACGGCCACCGCACCUUCGACGAACAGAAACUCCGCGGCCACGAACGGCGACGAUCUGUGGUGGUGGCUCACGACCUGCGACGGUGCUUAACGAACAGAAGAUACCCACGACGAACAGAGAAGUUUCGGCUCCUCCUCCGGCGUUCUUCAGUGUUCCGCCGACCCUCCACGGCGGCGCACGGCGAACAGCCCAGAUCUGCGACGUAUUUUUCGUUCCGGCGACUUUCGACACUUACCCACACCCAACCGAGGACUGAUUUGAGUACCCACACCCACACCCACACGAAGUGUAAUCCGUACCACCCUGUCGGCAUCAGGAUUUAGAAGCCCAAACCUCUUCGGCAUUGAUUCGGCCACCCAAUUCGAACCCAAAUCAGUUUAGGACCAAAAAGUUUGAGCCUUUUCGAACUCGAUUUUGCAGUACCGAACUCAUUAGACAUCGAACCACUUUUAACCCAAGUGGUUUUAGCCUGAGUUAAUAGGACCCUUUCGGUGAAGCUUAGGAGCGUUAGGACCUGUUUGUAAAGGUUGCUGACUGAGUAUUAGUGGCUGCACUCACCCCCUCCGUGUUCCUGGACAAAAUUUGCAGGUAACGAGAAAACUCACGAGAAUGAUAAUGGCGUGAAGGAGACUUGACUAGAAGGACCAUAUAGCGGAAUAAAAAACACAAUGGAAAGCAAGUUCUCAGCUAAUGGUUGUAAGAAAAGGAAACGAAUUGAAGAACAGAGAAAGUCGCUUCCAAUAGCUUCUGUUGAGAAACUUCUCGUUCAAAGGGUGCAUAGUAACGAUACAUUGAUUAUUGUUGGUGAUACUGGAAGUGGAAAAACGACACAGAUACCGCAGUUCCUGUUUAAUGCUGGAUUUUGUCGAGAUGGAAGAGCUAUUGGGGUGACACAACCUCGGCGUGUUGCUGCUGUAACUGUAGCCAAAAGAGUUGCUGAGGAAUGUGGUGUCGAGUUGGGCCAAAAGGUUGGAUAUUCUAUCAGAUUCGAGGAUGAAACCUCUAGUUCCACAAGAAUCAAGUACAUGACCGAUGGUCUACUACUGAGGGAAGCAUUGUUGGACCCUUAUCUUUCCAGAUACUCAGUUAUCAUUGUUGAUGAAGCUCACGAGAGAACUGUUAAUACUGAUGUACUGCUAGGAUUUUUGAAAAAAGUCCAGAGAGCAAGAUCUAGAUCUCUGAAUGACUCUGUUAUGAGUAACACUGAGAACAUGAAUGUUAAUAGCAUGAUGUUAGAAAAUGGAAAUGGUGGUAAAAAUGACAGUUCCUUCAAGCGAUGUCAAGGAAGGAAACUACCCCCAUUGAAGUUAAUUAUUAUGUCCGCCAGCUUAGAUGCACGCCUUUUCUCAGAGUACUUCGGUGGUGCGAGGGCUGUCCACGUCCAAGGGCGUCAAUAUCCAGUAGAUAUAUUUUAUCUUUAUAAGCCUGAUCCAGAUUAUUUAGAGGCCAUUCUUAUUACUAUAUUUCAGAUUCAUCUGGAGGAGAGUCCCGGUGAUAUACUUACAUUUUUGACUGGGCAAGAAGAGAUAGAAUCUAUGGAAAAUCUUGUCAAGGAUAAGAUUCAGAAGUUACCUGAAGGAAGACGAAAUUUAGUAACUAUCCCUAUAUAUUCAGCACUUCCAUCAGAGCAGCAACUGCGAGUUUUUGCCCCAGCUCCACCUGGAAUUCGUAAGGUAAUAUUGGCAACAAAUAUUGCUGAGACAUCCUUGACAAUUCCUGGAAUCAAGUAUGUUAUUGAUCCUGGAUUGGUAAAAGCACGCACCUAUGAUCCAAGCAAAGGAAUGGAAUCAUUGAUUAUUAUUCCAACCUCGAAAGAGCAGGCACUACAAAGGAGUGGACGUGCAGGCCGUGAAGGACCUGGAAAAUGCUUUCGUCUGUAUCCAGAGAUUACGUUUGAUAAACUUGAGGAUUCAACAAAGCCAGAGAUUAAGAGAUGCAACCUUUCCAAUGUCAUUUUGCAAUUGAAGGCUUUAGGCGUUGAUGAUAUCAUAGGAUUUGAUUUCUUAGAGAAACCACCAAGGCAGGCUAUUAUCAGGUCAUUGGAGCAAUUGCUUCUACUGAGGGCUUUAACAGAUGACGGGAAACUAUCCAAUCCAAUAGGACAUCAAAUGGCUCGCCUUCCUUUAGAUCCAAUGUACUCCAAAGCUUUGAUUGUUGCCGGCCAGUUCAAUUGCUUGGAAGAAAUGUUGAUAACUGUGUCAAUGCUCUCUGUGGAAUCCAUUUUUUACAGCCCUCGGGAGAAGUUAGAAGAGGCAAGAGCUAAAAUGAAAUGUUUUUCAAGUCCGGAAGGGGAUCACCUCACUCUAAUCAAUGUAUAUCGAUCUGCUGAAGAAUUUCUGAGUAAGAAAACAUUGACAUUCAGCAAAGAAAAAGUUGAGAAAAGUUUGAGAAAGUGGUGCAAGGAAAAUUUUAUAAACAGUCGAUCUUUGAGACACGCACGUGACGUUCACAGUCAAAUUAGGGGGCAUGUUGAACAAAUGAGUCUUCCUCUUCAGUCUUGUGGAGAGGACAUGCUUCAGUUCCGCAGAUGUCUGGCUGCUUCUUUUUUUCUCAAUGCAGCAACAAAGCAGCCCGAUGGAACGUAUAGGGAUUGUGCAAGCGGUGAGGCAGUACAGAUUCACCCUUCUUCAGUGUUAUUUCGCAAAAAACCAGAUUGUGUAAUUUUCAACGAAUUCAUUCAAACUAAUCAUAAGUACAUCCGCAACCUUACUAGAAUCGAUCGACUUUGGCUGACUGAACUGGCUCCUCAUUGUUAUGCGUUGCCGAAUUAAUCAAUGUACUCGAACAGGAACUUUGUCCACAGCCAGUGAGUGUUAAUUUAAAAUUUUGAAGCAUUAGCCAGCCAUGGGAAUGACAACGAAGCCCUCAUGGACCUUUUUUUUUUUCUUUUUUUUCUUCCCCCUUUUCGCCAUUUUUUUGGAUCGGGAUCGGGAUUGGUAUCGGAAUCAGAGUAGGGUUAGUUCAGAAAAUUUCCCCAUGGGGUUGAGUUGUCAUAUUUGUAGGACAAUUAUGUUGUAUUUAUAAUUAUAUUGGUUUUAUAAAUAUAAAU